CUAGAACUAGAAUUCAAAGACCCACACCCCGAACUCCGAAGGGCUGCUUCUCAUUUCAAUUUUGUAGAGGCUAGAGGGUGACAGAGGAAGAAGGAGAGAGAGGGAGAGGAUUUACCACGGCAACUUGGAUUUGGCUUUUGAGUUUUGCCCAGCAGAAAAUAUCUGAAGAUUUUGUUUUACUUUGAUUUUUCUAGAAGAUAUCUGAAGUUUUUGGUCAGAGAAGCUAGUAAUUAAUUACUCUAGAAGAUAUCCCAUUUUAGCAUAGGAUGAGAAUGCUAAUGGGUGCUCCCUUUCCAAUGCCAUCUCCUUCCUAUUCCCUAUCUCAACUGUAGGUGGAGAAAUUAAGAUACCAUUGCCAUCACUACAAUGAAAUUUGCAACAAAGAAAGGAUGGAAGUCUCUGAUGCCUCUGCGCUUAAGGGGUAAACCAGGAACAAGAUUUUGUUUCUUUGCCAAAGCGAAGUCAUCUGGCUCUGAUCCGGCAAAUACGCCUGUUUACCUCAAUGUUUAUGACCUUACUCCGAUGAAUGGAUAUCUCUAUUGGGCGGGCCUUGGUAUAUUUCACUCUGGUGUGGAAGUUCAUGGCGUAGAAUAUGCAUUUGGAGCACAUGAUUACCCAACUAGUGGUGUUUUUGAGGUUGAGCCACGACAAUGUCCAGGGUUCAAGUUUAGGAAGUCGAUAUUUAUCGGGAUGACCUGCUUGGACACAAAGGAAGUCAGAGAGUUUAUGGAGAGGCAUGCUGCAAGCUACAAUGGUGAUACAUACCACUUGAUCGUCAAAAACUGUAACCACUUUUGCAAGGAUGUGUGCCACAAGCUAACUGCCAAGAAAAUCCCGAAUUGGGUUAAUCGACUAGCCAAGAUAGGUUCAGCAUGCAACUGUGUACUUCCUGAAACUCUAAAAAUUAAUGUUGUUCAAGAAGAUACAAGUUUGGUAACAUAUGAUAGUGAUAAGAAAAGACUAAAGAAUGCCUUCAGUUGUCUGUCAUCCAUCUCUAUGCGUCAAAAGCAGUUGUCAGCCUCUUCAUUAUUUCUAUGUUCUCCACUGAAAAGCUGUUUGCCUUCAUGCGAACUAAAGAGUUCCAAAAAGCGUUCUUUAACCGAAAGGUAAAAAACUAAAAAAGGAGAAAGAAAAAAAGAAUCCCUGUAGGGCCUUUUCUGAGGUUCGUUCUCGAACAUUUAGUUGCAUCUGCUAUGCUAAUCUUAGCUCUGUAAGCUUGUAGGAGCAAGGAUAAGGGGAAGUGUAAUUUAAGCUGUAAUUAUGUCAUUUUUAUGGUUUCCCUAUCUUGUUGUAUUCAUCGCGGUCACUGGUUUGUAUCUUGCUUCACUACUGUAAUCUAGUUCUUAUUCUGCUGCUAACAGACCAAGUUUAUGGUCUCUAUUUUCUGCUGGACGAUUAUCCAACAAAUGACCAGCUUUCAGUGGCUUAAGAUUCAUAAUCUAAAUUGUAGUUCUCAGGGCUGUUUUUCUUAAGAAAAGGUCUUGAUGAGAUGCAUCUCAGUCAUAAUGAUUGGAUAUGAUCUUGCAAUCUCAAUUUCUGCA